AGACCGUGAGCGACGCCGCAGCCAGCACCGCGCGUCUCUCCGCUACGAGAACGUUGCCCCUCUGUUCCCUCCGCGCCGACGGCUUUUCCCAGUGACCGUACCCCGCCUUUAUUUAUUUCGGGUUCCCUUCGCUUCUCGCUCCGCUGACGCUCUGUAGCUGAGGAUUUAUUUAUUUUUUUAAUCCUUGCGAGAAGCACAGCGCAGAGCCGAGCGCUCCAUCUCGACGGGAGUCCGGGACAGACCCGCCGCACAGCCCGAGGAGGAGGCGCGGCCGCCCCGCCGCCAAGGACAAAAGAGCGGCCCCUGCGACAUGAGCAGCGCCGAGAUGGGCAAGUUCAACAUCUCUCCCGACGAGGACAGCAGUAGCUACAGCUCCAACAGCAACGACUUCAGCUACCCCUACCCCACCAAGCCGGCCGCCAUGAAGAGCCACUACGCCGAUAUGGAUCCAGAAAAUCAGAAUUUCUUACUUGACUCCAACGUCGGAAAGAAGAAAUACGAAACUCAGUAUCAUCCGGGUACCACUUCCUUUGGGAUGUCAGUAUUUAAUCUGAGCAAUGCUAUUGUGGGCAGUGGCAUCCUGGGACUUUCCUAUGCCAUGGCUAACACUGGAAUUGCUCUUUUUGUGAUACUCCUGCUAGUUGUUUCAAUACUUUCUUUGUAUUCAGUGCAUCUCCUUUUGAAGACUGCCAACGAAGGAGGAUCUUUAUUAUAUGAACAGUUGGGAAUGAAGGCAUUUGGUAUGCCUGGAAAACUUGCUGCUUCUGGAUCAAUUACAAUGCAGAACAUUGGAGCUAUGUCAAGCUACCUCUUCAUAGUGAAAUAUGAGUUACCAUUGGUCAUCAAGACAUUUAUGAACAUCGAAGAGAACGCAGGACACUGGUAUCUUAAUGGCGACUAUCUGGUGCUGUUGGUGUCUGUUAUCCUCAUUCUUCCCCUGUCUUUACUGAAAAAUUUAGGCUAUUUGGGCUAUACCAGUGGCUUUUCCUUACUUUGCAUGGUCUUCUUCCUGAUUGUUGUAAUUUGGAAGAUGUUUCAGAUUCCUUGUCCUAUGGAAAGUGACAUCAUAAAUGCAACAUUAAUAAAUGCAACGCUGGCACCUUUCGCAGAUGAAAAUAUAACAAUCAGUGAUGCAUGCAAACCAGAAUAUUUCAUCUUCAAUUCACAGACUGUCUACGCUGUCCCAAUCCUGACGUUUUCUUUUGUCUGUCAUCCUGCAAUUCUUCCUAUCUAUGAAGAACUGAAAAGCCGAAGCCGUAAAAGAAUGAUGAAUGUGUCCUAUGUAUCUUUUUUUGCCAUGUUCCUGAUGUAUUUAUUGGCUGCUCUCUUUGGGUACUUAACGUUUUACGGAAGAGUUGAAUCAGAACUGCUUCAUACCUACUCUGCUUUUCUGGGUGCUGACAUUCUUCUUCUAAUUGUGCGUCUUGCUGUACUUAUGGCUGUAACCCUUACUGUACCUGUGGUUAUUUUCCCAAUUCGCAGUUCCGUUACCCAACUGCUGUGGGCAGGGAAGGAGUUCAGUUGGUGGCGUCACUGUUCUAUUACAGUUGUUCUUCUGGCAUUUACCAACGUGCUCGUUAUCUUUGUCCCUACUAUCCGAGACAUCUUUGGAUUCAUUGGUGCAUCUGCAGCAGCUAUGCUGAUCUUUAUUCUUCCGUCUGCCUUCUAUAUCAAACUAGUCAAGAAGGAACCAAUGAAGUCAGUGCAAAAGAUUGGGGCUGCGUUAUUCUUUCUAAGUGGUAUACUUGUGAUGACUGGGUGUAUGACACUGAUUAUUCUAGACUGGAUCCAUACUGAUGCUUCUGAUGGGCAUUAACUGUCCUGGUGUAAUACUCCACUUCAAAUGCCAGUGUUCACUCAGAUACCUACUGAGAACGAAAAUGAGCUAUUCAGCUUCCUUCCUUUAAAAUGCAGAUUCUUUGUUGAUGGUUCUUCUGAUUGUAGAAUACCUGAACUCUGGCUUUAAGGAACUAUUCUGCAUGAUGGAAAUGGAUAUUAACAUCAAACCACGUGAGUGUCUGGCUGAAGGAAGUGACAACUUUAUUCCAUUCCAGAGAAUGGAUAGAACUCUGUGUAGACUUUUAUCAAGCCAUGUUUGGCUUUCAUCGUUGUUACUUGGAUAUUUUGUUAUUUUACUUGAAUGUGCCUAAUGGAACCAUUUGAUGUGAGAAAUGACUCUUAAUUUACAGCAAAGUGUUUAAAUAACCAAUGAGAGAGAGAGAAAAACACUAUUAUUUUUUGUACCAAAAAUUCUUAUGGACCUCAAAAGCACUAUUUUGACUUUAAGAAACUUUUCUAAAAAGAAACAUGCACAUAAAAAUCAGUAAUCAGUGUCCUAAAUUAAAUCUAGUUUGCCUCUCUUUAGAGGCAUGAUUAGAAGAAAUUUUAUGUUAAAAAUACUUCUAAUGACCAAAACAGAAGAUGAACCAAUUCAAGUAAGAUCUUCUAAUUGUAAAUGUUUCCCAUAAAAAAUAAUUUUCGCUAUAUUGAAAUUUUAACUACAGUUUACCUUUGUUUCACACACACACACACACACACACACACACACACACACACACACACACACACAAAAAGGUGUGGAAACCCAAAUUGUCAAGCUUUAAAAAGUAUCAACUCCUUACAGUGGGUACACUUGAGGAAUGUAGUUAAUGUGGAACUCAAAGAGAUGUUAUUGACAUUUCCAUUCUUGAAGUACUCAAUAGUGCAGUUGGGUAAAACAGGGUUUGGGGUUUUUUGCUUUUUUGGUUCGGUGUUUUUUUUCUGUUGUAGAUAAAAAUGUAAUGGCAAUGGAGCAUAUCAUCAUGCCAUUAAUGUAAGGCUGCUCCGUGGAGUUCUGUCUAUUAAUGAGGUCCACUGUCCGUUGUAGAAAUGUUUGUUGGUUUAUUUUCUGUCCAGUCUUGAAACACUUGGUAGGGAAAGAAAAAGGUCCUAAUGUAGUUUACUGGUUGUAUAAUAUUCAAAAGCUGUACAGUAUUUCUCAAAGUACUCAUCCAUUAUUGGAUUUUUAAUUACUUGACUAUUCUGUUUCUGAGUCAAAUCCACAAAAGAACUGUGCCAGUGUUUCAUGCUUGGUACAAACUCUCUUCACACACACAACUGGGAUUCCUCUUCCAAUUUAUAGUGUAUCGUAGUAUUAAAGAUAACCUCAUAGACUGGAUAGUCAUCUCAUACUUGUUUGCAUCAGAAAUAGGUAAGCUUUUUAUGAGCCCUAGCUAGCUAGCUGAUGAAACAGAUGCUGUAUGGUUGUGAUAGCUGUUUCGUUUCUAGUGCAUGUUUACUCUUUCAUUCUUAUCCCAGGGUGAAGAGAAAUAACACUUAUGUAACAGCGUACUUGGCUUACAAGAGGUUCUCAAACACAAUAUUAGGUACAAAAGCCUAGAUAGAGAUUACUAAUGAAAUAAUCAUGGCAAUGUGGUCAGUUGUCUUCAUCUAACAUGAUGUUGUAAAAGUCUGAUUUACGACGUUCCACUCAGCAUUUCUCGGAGGGAACAAGUAGGGCCCUGUAAUCCAUUGAUAAUACAGUGCCUGAGACUUUUUUUUUGCUCUUGUAGAAUCGGUCAGGAACAAAUCUAGAUUACAGUCAUUGUUUGGCAGAUAACAUCAAGCUCUGCCCAGCCGUUUAAAAUCCAUGAAAAAAACUGCAGGUAUUUUGUACUGAUACUUCUGCAUGGCUAUAAGUGCUGGUUGCUACAUCUGUAAUGUAAACCGUAAUGAGAAGUUCGAUUUCUUUUGUGUUGUUCGUAUCAUUCGUUUGGUGGUACUCAACUGGCGAUGAACGAUCCUGAAGUCAGCACUGACUAUAAAGCUCCUUAGGUACUUCUCUGCCUCAGGUACUUUACAUCCAUGGUAACUAUCCCAUGAUACCUGAUAUACAGGAGUGCUGAGCACAUGCCUCUCUACUCUGGCAGCUUUUCUUCUUCCUCUGCAAACAUAGAACAACUGAAGAGGAUUAAAAUAUCUACCUUUGAGCAAUUUGUAGCACAUAAGGGAUGAAGCACUUCCCUUGCCAGCUUUUUAAGAAAAUAAUAAUCUUCUUUCUCUCGGAACCUUAGGAGAGAAAAGAAUGGGAGGUUACUACGCAGUCCCUCUCUGCAGCUGGAGAGGAGAAAGAUCUUUGUGAUGGCACCUCAUAAUGCUGUUAUCACAUGUCACCUAAUUCUUUUAAUGUAGCAAUUCCUGGAUUUUGUAUUAAGCGUUGUAUUACUUGAUGGCUGGCUCUCCACCUGCAACAGUUGAGUUCCACUUAGCUGGGUUGGUUUCAAAUGUAUGUUUUUGGUUGGUUGGGUUUUUUUUUUUGGUUGUGUUUGUUUUUGGAAACCUGUCUGUCUAAAGUUGCCUACAUAACAAAUGACCUGAAAGAGCAGCUUCAGUAUUAAACCACUGUUCUGUCACCUCAGUUAGACAUUACUGUCUUCCAUGAUAUUUCAGUCAUAAGUGUAAUAUGUUAUUUAUAAAACAUUAAUCCAUUAAGCCUAAACCUAUUUUUCAAUAUUUAUGAUAUUAUAUGUACAUAAAAUUGUAUGUGUGUAUAUACUGUAAGUAUAAUGUAUAUAGUGUAGCUUCAGGGUUUGGAUUUAUGUAUAUAUUUCUCUCUCAUUACUGAAAAUUACACCAUUUCAAUGAGUUGUUCAUGUUGUACAUCUGUAUAACAGCUGUCAAAGGAAAGGUCCUUUUACAACAAAAUGUAAUGCUUACCAAAAUGGAAGUAAUGUGUUACACCAACAGGUGUAAGAAAAUGCUAAGAUUGUAUUUAUUACAAAUGUAUAUGUUGCAAUAAACACAAAUGUCACUUGGGUCCAUAAAAAGCAUAAUUCAGGUUUGUGGAUGUUUUGCUUCUGAAAUUUACCGUGGAUGUUACGAUUUCCUGAAUGCAGCAACUUAACAACUCUUAGGCUCUAACAGAUGAGUUAGGCCGUCAGCUUCAGGCAUCCUACAGUACAUCCUUGUACAUAUGUAAGUAGCCACUGUAUUGUUAGAGGCCAGCAGAGGAGCUACAGCUGUUGGCAGAGUGCAACACAGUUUCAAUGAAACAUUGUAUGUUUGUUUUAACUGAACUUAAAUAAACAGAUAAUGCUAA